GCAUACAGAGCAGUCCACACUUCGUGGCCAUACGUCCGUUUGUGUCGGUGUCAGGCCAUCGUCAGCAGGCCGGCAGCAUGGAUGGAGUGCACCGUCCGCCGAUCGAUUGACAAGCACCUGCCCCGAAUGGAACGGAGUCGCAGUAGGGUCCCUGCGCAUCGACGGUACACUUCAUUCGAUGCCCAAAAGCACAACGCUGACCCAACCCGACCCUAGGGACGAUGGCACGUGCAGACCAACGGUGCGUCCAACACCCAGUGUGGAGAACAUCACACGAGGAGUGUCGAACAUGCGGGCACACAACGAUGGUGGCGACGACGAUGGUGGUGGUGGUGACGAUGCAGACGGGCGAUUCGGGGAAGACGUGGAGGCAGGGGACGACGACGACGACAUUCCUAUUCGGCCUUUGGGGAAGUUCGGCGGGAGGGGGAGAGGACGCAGCAGGGGUGCUGUUCGUGGUCGAUCCGUUGGCUGUGGGGCCAGAGGUGGCGUCAACGAUGACGGCGGGAAAUCUGCGACGUACUGGUCCCCGGAAGAGCAAAUCCAACUGGUGAGAUGCAAGCGGGAGUCGCCACGAAACAUGUCUACGCGAGGGAACACCCGUGGGAAGAAGCACGACGUGGUCCUCGACGAUAGCCAAGAGCAGGGAAGAGCACGGCGGCAGGCCCGGAAAGCGAAGAGGGUGCGUACGGAAGAUGCGUUGCCAAGGGUGCGUGGUCGUGGAGCGCAAGGUUGGGCAGGGGAAGCGGAAGGGGACUGUGAUGAUGAGUUCACGGUGGAGGAGGAGCAGGCGGAGGCGACAACGUCUGAAGUACGCGAGAGCGAUCGGCAACUCUCUUUUGAUCGCAUCGCUUCGAAGAGGAUGCAGACCCCUCCACACGAGGCGCAGCAACUGCGUGGCCGUGAAACACGGACAGAGAAGGCUCUCGUCGUCGAUCUUGGCGGCGAUGAUGACGAGCCCUUGGAGAGACGCUGCAUUCGCAUUCGUACGACGGCGACCCCACUGCCGGAGGUGGUCGUGCGGGUUGCUACAAACGAAAGGACAGUCACGAACAGGCUGCCCGCCACGCCGUCUCAGCCACGUCAUCGCAACGACGCUGGUGAUGGAGGGUCCGUUCAACGUGGUGGCGGGGGGGAAGUCGUGGCAGACGCGCACGAAGUUGGCGCCCAGGUGGCAGGUGCCGUGGGGGCGGUUGGUUCAGGCAAUGUGGGCGCCGUAGCGACUGGGAGGGAGGACGCAGCAGUUGUGGCGACGGCGAGAGAGGAGGCGCGUGGCGAGAGGAAAGUCGAGCGGGAGGCACGCGAGGCCGGUUCAAGCCGGCCACGAAGGAGUAUCAUGACGAAAGACCUCAUUGAUCGUGUCGUCCUUUGGGUCGAUGACAAAGCUUUCUGGACGACGGGGAGGGGCGAAGACUAUACAACAUCGAUCGUCGACCAAUCGCAGCUGCAGCAAGCGAUCUCCCCUGCGGCAACAGUGGAGAACGUUGCUCUGCGCAUCUUGCACGGAUGGGUAUUCAAGUCCGGAAAUCGGCCAAGGGGAUACCAUGUGGCUUUCCAAUACUCGCUGGAAUCCUUUGCGACGGACAUUGCGCGUGCCAUGUGGUACGGCGAGGAGUGGUGCGAGGUUGUCAGUCCGACGAUUUGCACGCACACGAUAGAUCUGUCCAUGGACCUACCGCUUUGGUUCGCCGGCGCCAACAUCGAGGACAGACCAGAGGACGACGACAUGACGGCGCACCAGGAGUCCACCGUCAUCUGCGUCGCGUAUGCAUUCCGCGCGGCCGUGCAAAUGGGGGCGCUCAUCGACGGCGAGUUCAUCUCGCACGAUCGUCUUUCUCGGGUGGCUGAUUGCUUCAGGCUGUUGUUGGCGGCGUGCAUGUGGAUAAUGCGCAUGGAAGAAGACGAUCCGCGCAGCCACUACGAGGCUUUCUACUUCGCGGACCUCGUGGCGAAGCCCACACUCGUCGCGACCAUGCAUCGCUCCUUCAAUCAUCGACGAUCCGUCGUCCACGCCGCGAAAGUCGUCACAAACAGGCUAGGGAAGGCGACCGCUACGUUCGGACAUUACCCCAACUACAUACCUCAAUGGGCGCCCUGCGGCAUUGCUUUCAGGCACGACGCGAGGAUAACGGGGCCGGAGGAUGCAAAGAAGCUAGAUUGGUAGGGUUCGGGCCCCCCUGAUAUAUGACAACAACGACG